AUGCCAGGGCUGAUUAACAGGACAACCUGCUCCCCACUCCCCCUCACUGCGUCAGAGGUGACGUCGUGCGUCAGCGGCUAUGCCUUCGGGAUGACAGCCCUGCUCACCUACCACAACCCAGAAGCCCAGGCUUUUGAAGGUCUCUUUGUCUACCCCUUGGAUGAGUGCACCACUGUUGUUGGGUUUGAGGCAGCCGUGUCCCGGCGUGCUGUGACGGUGCAGAUCAAAGACAAAGCCAAGAUAGAUGACACGUAUUUCGAUGGCUGCAGCCUUAGAAAUGCUGAUGUGACUGGAGAUGAGCAUUUUCCAUGGCUGUGACACCCCAUCUCCCUGGCAUUGUCUUAUUUUUGUGCAGGAAGGAUCAUGAUGGAUGAGGACUUGGAGAGGAUUGUUUUUGUGGCUAACCUGGGCAUGAUUCCUCCCCUGGAAAGCAUCUCUAUCUUCAUCAGCACCUCCUCUGAGCUGCAGACACUGCCCAGUGGGGCCGUGAGGGUCCUGCUGCCAGCUGUGUGUGUCCCCAGGGUCCCCCAGCCCAGCCUGGAGAAUGCCAGCAGCCUUUCCAGCAACCAGCUCCGAAUGGACAAGCUCUACUGUGGAUCGGGGAGCCCGGAGCAGGGGAGCAGGCUCUGCCUGGCUCAGCUGCUGGAGAGAGAGGCCACCAACCCCUUUGAGUACGAGUUCAGCUUCCACCUAGAGAUCCGGGGGCCGUGCUUGCUGGCAGGUGUUGAGAGCCCUACGCAUGAGAUCCGAGCAGACGCCGACCCCUCCGCUCGCUCAGCCAAGAGCAUCGUGAUCACACUGGCCAACAAACACACCUUCGACAGGCCUGUGGAGAUCUUGAUCCAUCCAAGUGAACCACACAUGCCUCACGUCUUAAUGGAAGAAGGUGAUAUGAGGCCUGCAGAGUAUGAACGGCACCUGAAGGGAAAGAACGAUUUCAUUAAAGGCACUAAGAAGGACCCCAGUGCUGAGAAAAAGACGGAAAUCAUCAGGAAGCGGCUGAACAAGGACAUUCCCCACCACCCCGUUGUCAUGCUCAACUUCUGCCCUGACCUGAGGACCGUCCAGCCAGACCUCCGCAAAGCCCAUGGGGAGUUUAUCUUCCUUGUAGACCGAAGCAGAAGCAUGAGUGGCGUCAACAUCAACCGCGUCAAGGAUGCUCUGCUGGUCAUUCUCAAGAGCCUGAUGCCAGCGUGUCUCUUCAACGUCAUUGGGUUUGGGUCCACCUUCAAGACCCUCUUUCCUGCCAGCCAGACUUACUGUGAGGAGAGCUUGGCCACCGCCUGUGAGAGCAUCAAGAGGAUCCGGGCUGAUAUGGGCAGCACCAACAUCUUAUCACCUUUGAAGUGGGUCAUCCGGCAGCCCAUCCACAGGGGUCAUCCCCGACUGCUCUUUCUGCUGACGGACGGGGCCAUCAGCAACACGGGGAAGGUCCUGGAGCUGCUGCGAAACCACUCCUGCUCUACCAGGUGUUACAGCUUCGGCAUCGGACCAAACGCCUGCAGGAGACUGGUUCGAGGGCUGGCUUCUGUGUCCAGAGGCAUUGCCGAAUUCCUAGCAGAGGGCGAGAGGCUGCAGCCCAAGAUGAUCAAGUCGCUGAAGAAGGCGAUGGCACCGGUACUGAGUGACGUGUCCGUGGAGUGGGUCUUUCCCGAGAGCACCGAGGUCUUGGUUUCCCCCAUCAGCACCAGUUGCCUCUUCCCUGGUGACCACCUGGUUGGCUACAGCAUCAUCUGUGACACCUCCCCAUACAUCUCCAACCCCAGAUCGGACAAGAGGCGACGUUACAGCAUGAUGCGGUCCCAGGAGUCGGGCAGCUCGGUUUUCUUUCACUCCCAGGAGGAGGGAGCGAGCAUGGAGAGCUGGAACCACUCCAGAGACUCGGAGAGCUGCUGUCCUGAUCACCUGAUGGUGGGCAGAGAUCCUGAGGGAGAAUCGGACACAGACACUGGGAUGGAUGUGAAGGCUUCCUCCAGGAGGCGGGCGUACAGCACCACUCAAAUUGCUGACCGUGAGCCUUGCAAGAAAGUGCCAACAGCCAGUGAUCCUGGCACUGCCCUGGUGAAAAACCCCCUUCGGAAAAGCCAGCUGCAGGACCUGCAGCAGGUCAGCCCUGAGCCCUGGCAGGGCUAUUUCCAGCCCUUCGCAGCCAGCUCACACACCUCUGCCACGAGGAUCCGCGGCGCAGGUGCCCGGCGGCCGUCCCUGCUCCACCGGAGCUGUGUGUCCUUCUGCCACGAUGCUGACUCCUCACCGCUGCCAGAUGGGCUGCAGCAAGUGGGAAGAGGCUUGGGACCGCUGGAUGCCAACACCAGCCUGCGGUCUUCAUCGGGCAGCCGGAGCCCUGGGGAUCUGGAGUCUGCCCAGCAUCCUUCCUUCACGUUCGAAACAGAGACCUCCUCCGACUGGGAGCCCCAGGACUUCGACUUCGGCACUGCCCGCAGCUCCCCGCACUCCCCCAGGACCCUCUGCAAGGCAGUGGUGAAGGGACUAAGAGGCAACGAGCCCAUGCAGUGGGAAGUUGCCUUCGACAUCCGCCCUCUCUUCCAAGAGCAGGAGAGCCAAGCGGACGGUGACGCAGACCUGUGGAGUGAGACCUUCCACCAUCUGGCAGCCAAGUCGGUCAUCCGGGACUUCGAGCAGCUUGCCGAGAAGGAGUGUGAAAUCGAGCACGGGUCCGGGCGGCGAUACCAGGUCAACGCUGUCCACACCAGCAAGGCCUGCAACGUCAUCAGCAAGUACACGGCGUUCAUGCCGGUGGACCUGAGCACCAACACCUACCUGCCCACCAUCGUGGAGUAUACCCACACGGGUACUGUGGGGCUGAUGGGGCUGACCUUCAACAAAACCAGGCUGCUGACUCGAGCCGCCAAAGGGUUCAUGAGCAAAUCUCCAAGCAGAGUGAGCGAAGCCAGCUCCGAGGGUGACAAUGAGAACAUAGACUACCUUCCCCUGGCCUCUCUGCAGCUGGCCUGCGGUGCCUUCCUCAUGAACUCAGCCUUCUGCGAUGCCGUCAACAUCCCCAUGGAGAAGCUGAAGUGGACGUCACCCUUCGCCUGCCACCGCCUGGCCCUCAGCCCCUCCAGCUCCUACAGCACCAAGAAAUCCAGUCCCUCCAGGGACCACAAAAACCUCACCUCUGGCCAGCAGCUCCUGGUUCCCAAUAGUGCACAUGAGAAGAGUCCCACCACCAGAGAUGUUGCUCCAGGUGUGGUGACGGAGGGACCUGGCAGACACACAGAAGACCCUGGCCGCCUUCGCCACUUCUCGGGCAGCGCGGUUGAGAGCAUCUCCAAAGCCCUGAAAGCCGAGAAGGAACUCUCUCCACCUGCCAUCACCAUCCGCCGCUUCUCCUCCCCGGAGAGCACAUCGGCCGAGUGGCAAGCCGACAGCGGCCGGGGCUCCGAGACAGACAGCUCCGAGGUCCAGGCAUUGCUCUUUGACAUCGAAUUGCAGCAGCAGACAGAGCCGGAGGGGAUGCUGUGGGCCACAGCAGUGGCCUUGGCCUGGCUGGAGCACAGCUCAGCUUCCUAUUUCAUUGAGUGGGAGCUGGUGGCUGCCAAGGCCAGCCUGUGGCUGAGCCAACAAGACUUCCCGGAGGGAUACAGCCUGGCCACGGUGAAAGCCGCGGCCCAGCAGCUCUUUGUCCUGCUCCGGCACUGGGAUGAAAACCUGGAGUUCAACCUGCUGUGCUACAACCCAAGCAGCGUGUAA